UUUUAUUGUGCACUAUGUUUUGUUAAUAUUUAUAUUAAUGCAGUAAGAACAUAAUCUGUGAUAGGAUUGGUGGUAAAAACAUAUAGGAAGUCACCAUAUAUCUCUAGCAUCCAUUCGCACUGGCGCGUGCUGGGUUGCCUUCUCCUCUACCUGUCUACUACCUGUGUUACAUUGCCGUGGGGGACUGUCACUGCCUGUAUUGUGGUUAACUGCAGGUAAUUGCUUCUUUGUCUGUCAAUGGAGGACUUCCUUAUCGAGCUCGCCCAUCGACCUUCUUUCCUUUUAACUUUACCGUAUGCUUAUUCUGAACCGCUUCAUUCUUAACAAUGAAGAUGUGGAGGUUAUUGCAUUAAUUUGCAAAGCAACUAUUGGUGAAGUUGAAGAAGAUAUGGAUCUUAUUGAAGAACUCUCUCAGCAGGUUUAUAAGAACCAUUCUACUCUGCUUUCUAAAGGUUUUGCACUAGCUCAUCCCCCUUCUAUUCAUCAAGCCUUAGAAGGAGUUUUACCAUUCAGUAGCCAGUCCAAUGAACAUUCUUUUCUCAAAGACUUUGUUGCUUGUGUUCAAGGAACCAGUGGUGGAAGACUAGCUAGAUGGCUACAACCUGAAUCAUAUGUUGAUCCAAAACAGUGUGAGCUUCUGUGUAGUCAAGAGGAGCUAAAGUGUGGAUGGCCAGCUAUCAUCACUGUAGUAACAAAAGAUCAGUAUGGUAAAAUUGUACAAGCACCAUCAUUAAAGGUUGAAGUGUUAGCUGUUCCCAUGAACAUAUAUGAUAAAGAAACUGAAAUUAAUGAUCCUAGUCGUAAAUUGGCACGUGUGAGCCAGCCAGAAACAGGAGUGUUAACUUUUGGUGGGCAUCUUCCUCCUAAUUUAGAUACGCCAUAUGAAAUAUCUGUGAAAGAUAAGAUGUUCUACUAUGCUAUAACUGCAAUGAAGGAGUAUGAAAAUUAUUCCUUUGAAGAAUUAAGAUAUGUGUCUCCUGCUAAAAAACGCUUCAUUGAAAAUAUGCUUGUUCGAACUAACAACGAUGGGACAUACACUGCAAAUUGGACUCCUGGUUCAACUGGCUGGUAUUUACUAAGGGUUGUAAUUGAUGGCUGUGAAAUUGGCGGUUCACAGCAGAAGUCAGUGGAAGUUAAAGAGCCACCACAAGGUCUUCUUAUCCCCACAAAGCAAGUAACUCCAAAAACCAUACAUCAGCCUAAUCGAGUACGAAAAUUUGCUGGUAAAUUUAGUGCUGGCUUGAGAAUACGAAGCCACCCAUCUCUGCAAGGUGAACAGAUAGGAACUGUGCGGGUGAAUGACACCAUUAGUUUUAUGGAAGAGCUUCGAAAUGAUGAUGGUGUCUGGGUUCGUCUCAGCCCUGAAACUGUAAGAAAAUACUGUCAAAAUGGGUUUACAGAAGCAUGGUGUUUGCAAUAUAAUCAACAUCUUGGCAAGACAUUACUGAUUCCUGUAGAAGAGCCCAAAUCCAUGCUGACUGAAUUUUUCAAAGAAAAAGGAGUGAAAAAGAAGCCUGGGGAAGACGUUCAAAGAGAGAAAUUUUCUGCAGUUCGAGGACCUGGUGUUUAUCAUGUUGUGAAAUGUGGAGCAUCUGGGCAUAAUGUUCGCAGUCGACCGAGCUUGAAAGCAUCAGCUGUAGGCAUGUUAGUUCUUGGAAAUACCAUAUGUGCUGUUGAUGAUGUAACCAAUUCUGAUGGCAUGUGGGUAAAACUGGAUAAGGAAAGUAAGCAACGAUAUUGUUUUAAUAUGGAUGGUGAAGCUUGGACACUUGUUCGUAGUCUUCCAGAUAUUAUGUAUUUACAACAUGAGAUGGAUGCAAUACAUAAUAUAGAAAGUGAUGAAGAUAGAAGUCAUAGUAAUGCUAAAUUUUCUUCGGAGCAGGGCUCAAUAUUUGGCUCAAACGGUCCAGGUGGAAGAGGCUUUGAUUUUGCUUCUGCCGUUUCAGGGCAGACUUUUGGCUCCUUUGGUCAAUCAAUGGGAAUUUUUACAUUUGGAAGUGGUACUUCAGAUCAUGAAGGAGGAUCUUCUGGUUCUACAAGCCCAUUUGUGUUUGGAUCACCAGUUUCAACUCCUUCUGUUUCUAUGCAGACACUUAUAGAAUCAGAAAAAACUGAAUCAGAUAAUCUUACAAAGAACUCUAGUGGUAACAGUAGUGGACGUGUUGCUGCUCUCCAAAGGUGGUUAAAAGAGGAAUCUAGUCAUAAAACUAAUUCUGAUCUUCACCGAAUUUCUGUAUCAAAAGAUAUUCCUCCAGAACUUCAAAGUGUUUCAGUCAAAGAACUUGUAAAAGCAAUAGGAGAAAGCAGAGCAAAUGGCAAUGCUGCUACACCCCCAAGAACUCCUCCCAAUACACCUCCUGUACCUCAUAGGAGAUCCAGAAGUGGAAGCCCAUUACAUCCAUCUGGAUCUCCAAAACUUCCUUCACGUCGUAGCUCUAGUCCUAUUCCAAUUGUAAAUAUGCCUGUAAUGCGUUCAAACAGUGAAGCUACGUCUCCUCAUUUAUUGUCUGGAAAUAGUGUUUCAUCAGCCUCUCCUCCUCUUUCAUGCUCUCCAAAGAAUGUGCCAAGGCAUCCACAAGGAGUCCAAGAUGCAUGGCCUUCAUUUCAACAAAAUAUUUCACAGAAAACAACUGGUAGCCUUCGCAGAAGUUCUUUACAAAGUGAUACCAGUGUAGGUUCUCAUUUUAGUAGCAUACUUAAAGAAUUGUCUCAGACUUCUGCCACAGGCUGCAUAGGCUGUAUUACUCAAAGGAAUACUAUAAGUCCUAUAAGUACACCAGGAACUCCUGGUACACCUGCUACUCCAGGGACACCAAAGAAGGAAGCAAAUUGCAUCACAUCAGCAAAAACUGUCACCCAAAUUGGAACUCAGACUAGCCCAGAUAGUGUUAAAAGCCAUUUUAGUAUUGGAUCUGCAGGAAGCAAAGACGAAUCAACAAAAGUGUCUCCUAAACUAGCAAGGAAAGAUAGAUCUUCUCGCCAGUUUCGUUCAAAGCGUGAGCGAGUCAAAUCUCCUGGACCCAUGCAGGUCAAUGAAAAAUCUAAAGAAAAGAGUGCCUUAAAAGAAGCUGUUAAAGAAGCUAUGACACCAAGUGUUGCAGAAUGUCUGCGAGCAGUUUUUGCUGCUUUUCUGUGGCAUGAGGGCAUUGUUCAUGAUGCAAUGGCUUGUGCAUCUUUCCUUAAAUUCAAUCCAACACUUCCUAAACAAAUAACUAGUGUGCCACAUGUAGCAGUUCGAGAAAAGCGGGAUACCUCUCCUCUGACUAGAGAACAAAAGGCCAGGUAUCGCCAUUCAGUGGAAGUAGCUAGUCCAAGUUUAUUGACAUUUCAGUAUUUUGAAUCUUUUUCUCCUGCUCCAUUUAAUGCUAAUAUUAAUAAAAAUAAACUUCGAAAAACGUCAGUGCCAAUUAAGGAGGAUAGUGUUAUUGAAGCUUCUAAACAUGUACAAGGUUUGAAUGACAAAAAUGAUAGUAUUAGUUCUUCCAAUUCAGUUCAAGAUAGAAAAAUAAGUACUAAUGAAAAAUAUCAAUUACCACAAUCCCUUCAGCAUUUAGUUAUUUUAUGGGAACAAAUUUCAUCAUCGAGCCUCAGAAUCGUUUCUCAACAGCUCAUUUUGCCUAGUCCAGUUACAGGUUCCAAAGUAUUCCAGAAAUUAGAAAAAGAAAGGAAUAAUAGAGAGAAGGAAAAGAAAGUGAAAAAGAAAAAGGACUAUCGUCCAGUUAUGUCAGGCAGAGGUAAUUUAUUUGCUGAAGCUGCUGGUGGACCUUUUGGAGCUGAAAGAGAAAGUAUGUGUGAAUUAUGUGGUAAUUUUUUUCCUCAUCCUGUCACAUACCAUAUGCGACAAGCUCAUCCAGGAUGUGGAGAUCAUGCCGGAGGAAAAGGCUAUAAUAGUUGUGGUAAUUUUUGUGGUGGUUGGGCAGGUAAUUGUGGUGAUGGUGGAAUUGGUGGAAGUAGCUGGUAUUUAAUUUGUGAUCGUUGUCGAGAAAAAUUUAUUCGACAAAAAAGACAAAGUCUAAUAAAAGAAAAAGUAAAAAAAUCGCGAAAAAAGACGUCUCCUACUAAAUUGCUUUCACCAUUGCCUCCCAUGGAAGCUCACCAAAUAAUGAAGAAUAAUGCCAUGUUCUUAUUAGAAUUAUCAUCAUCUGCAUCAUCGGGUAUACCCACUACUGCUGCAACACCUUCCAGAUUAAGUCUUUAUAACAGUAUGCCAAGUGUACAUGAGCAGAAUGCUUUUAUAGAUACAUCUCCUUUCCCUAUGAUGUCCUUCCAAUGUCUUGAUGUUUUAGGUGUUCAACAGGAGUACAAAAAUAUGAUAGGAGAAGAAUUUCUCUCUGAGGAAGACAUACGGGCUUUACAAAAUGGUGCUGAAAAUCUAGGUCUUGGUACAAGUUUUCUAAACUUAUCCUCAGGGAUCAUGCGUUCAUUAACAAUGAAUGGUGGUGCUGAUUUACAGCUUAUAUGUGCAAAACGAGAACGUCGGCGUUCUAAAGCUAAAGAAGGAGAAAAUAAAGCACGCACAUUCCAUCGUUCAAUUUCUGUAGGUCUCACCUCAAGGGACUGGAAUAAACAGGAAGGUGAAGCCAGUGUAGGAGAAUGUCGUAUUAUUAUGACUAGAAAAAGGAACAACAGCAGUGGUUGUGAAGAUACUAGCACUUCAUUUCUCUGCCAGCCUUCAGCUGCUCUUACAAAACUAGUAUCUUUGAUGAUGGAAAGACCAGGGUCUGAAUUUCUCCUACGUAGGCCCGUAAUGGUAUUUAUUUUACAGCGGCAUGACUUGGAAAGUUUGCAGUUGGCUAUGAAACAAGCUUUAAGAAAAGCAGCAUGUAGAGUUUAUGCAUUACAGGCUUUAAAUUGGUUACUUCGUUGUGUCACUCAGCCAAUGUCACUUCAUGACCUUCUGUGGUGUUUUGUUGCUGCUUUAUCUCCUGCCCCUUUUGACAAAGGAGAAGAAGAUGGAGAGGAGGAAUCUGAAAAGAAGGAGCAUGAUGUGCAUGAAAAAGAUCUUGGCGUAUGUGAGCAUCCACUUUCUGAUAUAACUGUAGCUGGUGAAGCAACUUACCCACUACCACAGACAUUUCAUUCUUUCCUACAAACUGUAUCAGAUUUAAUGAUGCUCCUUCCUGUCGGUUCUUCUUUGCAACAAAUUGCUAUGAGAUGCUGGUGCUUAAAAUUUCAUCCUGAAGAUCACAGUUUCUUACAUCGAAGCCAUGUUUUUUCAAACAUUAGCAAAAUACUUUCAAGGACUGAAGAGGAAGAUGAUGCUGGAGCUUCAGAUGCAUAUGCUCAGGUUUCUGCAGAUAUUGAGGCUUUGAAAGAUGUGACUCCUUUAGUAGACAUAAAAGCAUCUAGUCGCCAAGCUAUGGUUAAUAGUUUAACAGAUAAUACAACUGAAACAUUUUGGGAAAGUGGUGAUGAAGAUCGAAAUAAAGUCAAGAUGCUUAAUUUGUCUUGUGGCUCUAAAAUACAGCCUAAGAUGGUUUAUAUUCAUAUUGAUAAUUGUAGAGAUUUAGGUAAUAAAGUUUCAGGCGUGACAUUUAAGGCUAGUCCUAGUUUUGAUGAAAUGGUGAAACUAAAGCAGGUUGAAGUUGAGAAUCGUUACAUUGGAUGGGUAAGCUGUGAUAUUCCUGAUGGAAAACAUACAUGCAUUAGGAUUGAAUUAAAGGGACCAGACAAUACUUUAAGGUUACGUCAGGUGAAAGUUUUGGGAAGUCAGGAAGGAGAAAGUAUCCGCAUUGGAAAGAAAGUUAGUGCUAUGCAGAUACAACAAAAAAAUUGUGAAGCAGAAACGCUGAAGGUGUUUAGGUUAUUAACAUCUCAGGUAUUUGGAAAACUUAUCACUGGUGAGCAAGAAUGUAGUGAAGAUAAAAAAAAUGUUAUUAAUCAUGAUGGAGAUCAAAUGCAACUUUCUCAAUCUCAGAGCACGUUGGAAACAAAUGAUCUGAAAGAACACAUGGUGGGAAUUUUGUUCUCCCGAAGCAAGCUGACACAUUUACAAAAACAAGUGUGUUCUCAUAUUGUUGCGGCAAUUAGAAAAGAAGCUGCGAGGGUUCGUGAUGAAUGGGAAGCUCUUUUGUGUAGUAAAUCUCAGUCUGUUGAGGAACUGCCCAAAUCAUCUGAUGCUUACUGUUUUGAAAUGCUGUCCAUGGUACUAGCUCUUAGUGGCUCGAGUGUUGGCCGUUCUUAUCUUGCUCAACAAGCUGGAUUAUUAAGAGAUUUAUUUAGCUUACUUCAUACUGGCUCAGCUAGAGUACAAAGACAGGUCACAUCGCUUUUGCGAAGGGUUCUGCCUGAUGUUAGUCCUCCAACUUUGGCAUCAAUUCUUGGUGUAACAUCCUUACCCCCAACUGAUUUUAGCAUAAUUUCAGAAGCUAAUAAGGAAAAUAAGCAAGAAGAAAGUUCAUUUGAUAUACAUAACACUGGCAUUUUAGAUGUAUUUUUGGCAUGUAUAGCAAAAGCAUUAACUGUUCAAACUAAAGUUAAAGGUUCUACUACAAAUACUAAAGGCAUCAAUACAGUAACAUUAGCAACUUCAAUUCAUCCAAGAGACCAUGUUGGAAGUAGAUGGUGGUUAAGAGGCUGUAUGGCUAGGAAACUUGCUGAAGUUAUUAUACAACUGCUAAAAGAUAUGGCAGCAGGAAAAUUAACAGAUGCUUGGGCUAAUGUGACAAAAGGAGCUAUAGCUGAGAAUAUAUUGAAUCUGACAAAACUGGAAGAACAUCACCGCUCUCCUUCAGAAUGUUUACGUACUCCUACAUUGUGGCUUGCACUUGCAUCUUUAUGUGUUCUUGAUCAAGAGCAUGUUGAACGACUCUCAUCUGGACAGUGGGUUGGAAACUGUGGAGAUGGACAGCAAUCUCAGCCUAGGCCUUUCUGUGAUAAUCAUGAUGAUUCUGAAACUCCUGCAAUAAUCUUGUGUUCCACAUGUGGCAACUUGUGCGCUGAAUGUGACCGAUAUCUUCAUUUGAAUCGAAAAACACGUUGCCAUCAGCGUCAGGUAUUUAAAGAAGAGGAAGAAGCAAUCAAAGUAGAUUUGCAUGAAGGAUGUGGCAGAACAAAGCUUUUUUGGGUUAUGUGUUUAGCAGAUUCAAAAACUUUAAAAGCAAUGGUUGAAUUUAGAGAAGGCACUAGAGGUAAACCAAGCUCUUCAGGUGUUUGUAGAUUUUGUGGAUCUAGUAGUAGUACUGGUCUUUUAUCUAUAGGAAAUGUAUGUAAUGAACCAGAAUGUCAGGAUCAUGCAAACAAUGCUUGCUCAAAAAUGUUACCUUGUGGUCACAUGUGUGGAGGAAUUUACAAUGAAAAUCCUUGCCUUCCUUGUUUGCAUAGAUGUGGAGGAGAAAUCUCAAGCCUUAAACAAGAUGCUGACGAUAUGUGCAUGAUUUGUUUUAUUGAAGCUCUUGCCUAUGCACCUGCCAUACAGCUUGCUUGUGGCCACGUAUUUCACCUCCAUUGUUGCCGUGCAGUAUUGAGUAAAAAAUGGUCUGGACCUCGUAUCACAUUUCGCUUUUCCUUGUGUCCAAUAUGCCAGGCCCCUAUGGAGCAUUCAGUUUUAAAAGACUUGCUUGAUCCUGCACAGAGUUUAUACGAAGAUGUUAAACGGAAGGCUUUAAUGAGGUUGGAAUAUGAAGGUCUGCAUAAAGCUGAAGCUAUUACUACACCAGGUGCCAGAUUUUACAAUGAUCCGGCUGGUUUUGCCAUGGAUAGAUAUGCAUAUUAUGUUUGCUACAAAUGCAAAAAGGCAUAUUAUGGUGGAGAAGCUAGGUGUGAUGCUGAAGCAGGUGCAGGGGAUGAUUAUGAUCCUACAGAGCUUGUUUGUGGAGCUUGUUCGGAUGUUUCUAGGGCACAGAUGUGUCCCAAGCAUGGUACAGAUUUCCUUGAAUACAAAUGUAGAUACUGCUGUUCUGUUGCUGUAUUUUUUUGCUUUGGGACUACUCACUUCUGCAAUGCAUGUCAUGAUGAUUUUCAGCGAGUGACUAAUAUUCCUAAAGCAGAACUUCCACAUUGUCCUGCAGGUCCCAAAGCAAAACAGUUAGAAGGUGAUGAGUGUCCUCUUCAUGUAAAGCAUCCUCUGACAGGGGAAGAAUUUGCCCUAGGUUGUGGUGUUUGUCGCAAUGCUCAUACUUUCUAAACAUUUGCAUCAUACUUAGAUCUCUUUUAUUUAUAUAACCAAUCAGUCACCAGAGUUGAUCAGCUGUAUAUUAAGCUUCUGAGUGCCACUAUUCAUCCACUAUGUAUAUUAUGAAUUUUGUAUAUAAAAUGUAAAAUAUAGUUAUAUUGAAUCCGGCCUUCCCUGCACACAUCUCAUUCAUAUCUGUCUUGCUUUGUUCUUCCAUAAAUUGCAUGAAACUUUCUGACAUUUGAAAUGGGAACAUGGGAACUCAAAUGAUAGUUUUGCAUCUUAAUUUUGGCACUACUUUGAAAUAUGAAGGUCACAUUUAGAGUAAUUUAAUGUUUGUGAUGGAAGUGAAGAAACGUGGCAUUUAUUGUGCAAAACACAAAACGAGAUACCAAAUAUUAUUAGAACUGUAAAAUAUGAUAUCCAGAAUUAAAAUUUUUAUAAUUACCUCAUACAUGUUAAUAUCUACAUUUAUGACUAUUGUGAAUAAAAAUAGUUUUAAAAAAAUAUUUAUCUUUCAGUUCUAGUUAAAACUUUGCAUCUUGCAUGACUUUAUUUUAUUAACUGAGGAGUUUCAAAUGAAAUAAAUUCCUUAGUGUAUGAA